AUGGACGACUGUAACAAUACCUCGUCCGAGAGGAACUGGACUGGCAGAUUACUUAAUAGGAAAGCGUGGAGUAAACUUAACGGCGGUUCCUACGAUUGGACAUAUCCAGAUCCUACUAUCAACUUGGAAUUCGACAGCAAAUCGGCCAAUAUGUCAAUGGGUACAUAUACCCGCGCGGUCAUUGUUUCCCUAACGGUUGAUGAGCGUGUAGUUCACGUUUCUGGAUACAUUAAUGUGACCUUUCGCGGUGUCGUGGAUAGUUUGCGGUCCGAUGUUAUGGUGAAUGACAGCGACACGCCUGCUUGGUUGAGAUCAGUCGGGUUCAACAACAACUCGCUCAAUAUUCAAUACGAGAAAAACAUUGCGAUGAACAGCAAGUCAGAGUGGGGAUUAGGGAUGGCCUUUUCCGCUUUCCUGUUAGCCCCUCUGGCCUUUUAUAUCUAG